AUGAAGAAGUUUGGCAAUGUCUAUCUCAUUGCGGCCAUCUCCAUUAUUGGAGGUGGUCUGUUCGGUUUUGACAUCUCGUCCAUGUCCGCUAUCAUUGCUACCGACCCAUACCUCUGCUACUUCAAUCAGGGACCGAAGCCCUGUGUCGGUCCAACGGCCAAUGUCCAAGGAGGAAUUACAGCCUCCAUGGCAGGUGGCUCUUGGCUCGCCUCGUUGUUCUCUGGAUUCCUCUCCGAUGCACUUGGUCGUAAACGGACUAUCAUGAUUGGCGCAGUGAUCUGGGUCAUCGGCUGUAUCAUUGUCGCCGCUGCGCAGAACAUCCCUAUGCUGAUCGUUGGCCGUAUCAUCAACGGGUUCUGCGUUGGUAUCUGUUCCGCACAGGUGCCUGUUUAUAUUACUGAGAUCGCUCCACCAACCAAGCGCGGUCGUCUUGUCGGCGCACAGCAAUGGGCCAUCACCUGGGGAAUCAUGAUAAUGUUCUACAUCAGCUACGGCUGCUCCUUCAUGAAGGGUACCGCUGCCUUCCGAGUACCAUGGGCUCUUCAGAUGAUUCCGGCCAUCAUCCUCUUUUUCGGUAUGAUCGUCCUUCCGGAGUCACCGCGAUGGCUCGCGACGAAGGACAAGUGGGAAGAGUGCGAGCAAGUGCUCAUCCUCACCCAUGGACAUGGUGAUCCAAACUCGCCAUGGUGGCUCGAGAUUGAGCGUCAAAGCAAGCAAAUCAGCUACCUUGAGCUUUUCUCGCCAAAGUACAUCAACCGCACUCACAUCGGCCUCUUCACCCAGAUCUGGUCGCAACUGACUGGCAACGCCCUGCUGGUGUCCUCUUCGAUCCAAUACGUGAUCAACGUGGUCAUGACGGUGCCAGCUUUGAUCUUCAUCGAUAGGGUCGGACGACGACCUCUACUCCUUCUAGGCUCGACUCUCAUGGCCACAUGGCUCUUCGCCAACGCUGGUAUCUUAGCAGUAUACGGCACAGAUCCUGGUCCAAAUGGUGUCGACAACAUCAAGGAAGCCUCCGUCAAGGUCAGCGGCGCCGCGUCGAAAGCAGUCAUUGCUUGCUCGUACCUCUUCGUCGCAUCUUACGCACCGACCUGGGGACCUGUCUCGUGGGCUGUCGCGCUCGCGACCUCCGUCAACUGGGCAUUCAACUUCGCACUCGGCUACUUCGUCCCGCCGGCUUUCAUCAACAUCAAGUGGCAAACCUACAUCCUCUUCGCCGUCUCCUGCGUGGCGAUGACGAUUCACGUGUUCUUCAUAUUUCCCGAGACUGCUGGCAAACCGCUGGAGGAGGUCACCGAAAUGUUCGAGGAUCCCAAUGGAAUCCCAUACCUGGGCACUCCAGCAUGGAAGACGAAGAGUAACUUUCAGAAGGCUGUGGCGCUGGAGCGUGGUGAGGGUUUGUCGGAGAAGAAGCUUGAUGACGAGCACUCUCCGGAAAGGCAUGAGGUUGUUGAGACGAAGCUGGAUGUUUAG